CUGUGUAGUUGCUGGUCAGAGGUCUUUGGGACUUGCCCCACAUGGGGCCUCUCCCAAGAUCCUGCUUCUCUCCUCAGGAUGACCAACUCUUGGAUGAUGGCAAGACCCUGGGCGAGUGUGGCUUCACCAGUCAAACAGCACGGCCACAGGCCCCAGCCACAGUGGGGCUGGCCUUCCGGGCAGAUGACACCUUUGAGGCCCUGUGCAUCGAGCCGUUCUCCAGCCCACCUGAGCUGCCCGAUGUGAUGAAGCCCCAGGACUCGGGAAGCAGUGCCAAUGAACAAGCCGUGCAGUGAGGACCCCCAAGAGGCCCAUUCCCCCCAAUAAAAGAUUUGGGAGUCUUCCUGGUUGCUGCCUCUUUUUCCCGACCCUCCCUGGGAUGGGUCCCACUCCCUGUGGGCUCCUUUUGGGGCUUGUUCUUGGCAGUUCCUGUGCUGUCCUGUCUCCCAGACCCUGGCUGAGAACUUGGCCCAGCCUGCUGCUUAAAGACACCAUGGGUACCUGGGUUGCCUUGAGACCCAAGCCAUUGUUAGCAGUUAGCCAGCUACACCAACCACUCCAGGGGAAGGGGAGGACUGGGAGGGACACAAAGACCACAGGAAGCCUCAGGGACAACACAUUCCAGUUUUAGGUCUUUUUCCUUCUAAGUACCCCCCACCCCCACACUCUGCAUGUCCACUCCCAGGGGCCUCUUGUCCUGAGGACAAUGGCCAAGAGCAGAAAUACAAGCUGGAGCCUGUGUCCUGGUUUGACAGCACGUUCAAUGAGGGAACCCCAAAGCGGACCCACACAGGUCCACCCACACUGGGGGCUGCAAUCAGGGAGGGAGGUGGCUGCCCCCUUACCACACCUUUAAUAAACAGUCUACAGACCCA